UAUAAAUCUACCGUAUCACCAAUCUUACCUCCCACCAAUAAACAACCCCAAAAAGUCCAGUACAUCUCCCUCUUCCUCUUCCUCUUCCCCUCCCCUUUCCAACCCCCAAUUAUCCCUUAAAUACAUCUAACAAUCCCCCCUCAAACAACAGAAAAAGCAAAAGCAAAAGAGACGGAAAGAGAAAUGGUCCCCAAAAUCAGACCCUCCGUCGCGGAGAUUCUGAACCAUGAUGCGUAUCCCGAUACCACCUGGGAACUUACGCCUACGAAAAGUGGACGGUUCCCUGCUGCGGAGGGGAGGGAUGGACCGGUGAUGAUUGAUUGGGAGGUUCAUGGUGAGGGGGAUGUUAAGCUUGUUGUGAGUUCUUUUUUGCUUUGUGUUUUUUGUGAUUGGAGGCAUGGGUUUGGGGAUGGGGAGGGGAUGAGGGAGCGAGAUGUUGAGUGAGAGUAAAAUGGCUAAUUCUUUUGUUUUUUGGCAGUGGAUUAUGGGGUUGGGGACUAUUAAGGUAUGUGAGGGUUAUGAGAGGGGGGUGUAUAGAAGUGUGGAUUAGGCUAAUGAUGGAGAAUUAGACGGCGUGGCAGAGGCAGACGAAGGAGUUUGGUCAUGAUCAGGGGGAUAAGUAUUCGUCUCUUAUUUUUGAUAAUAGAGGUAUGUAUGUGAUGAACUAGCUUCAUGAGUCUGAAACGAAACCCCUCCAUUCAUUCAUUUUCUCAAAAUCAGAGAAGGAUUUCAUUUCACACAAUCGAACUCUCAUACAUGUCCCCCAUCAUCUCACAGAAUGAGAAAAGUCCUACUAAUGAACUGUCCCAGGAAUGGGCAAAUCCGACAAACCCCUCUGCCGCUACUCCACCUCCCAAAUGGCACAAGACCUCGUCGACCUCCUCAACCACCUGGGCUGGACCUCUCCCCGCUCCCUAGACGUCUCAGGUGUCUCCAUGGGCGGCAUGAUAGCCCAAGAACUGGCCCUCCUCAUCCCAGAAAGAAUCAACUCCCUAAACCUCAUCUCCACGGCGGCAGCCAUAGAAAACACCACGACCUGGCUCGAAAACGUCUGGGCGCGGGCGAACAUGUUCAUCCCCAAAUCAUUAGACGAGACGCUGAAAGACGCGGCGUUGAGGCUGUUCAGAGAUGAGUGGUUAGAUGCCCCAGACGACACCGUCGUCCCCACCUCCACGACGCCUGGUGCCGUCCUCCCCCUCUCCGGAUCCUACGCCAUCUUCGCAACGAACUACGAGCGCUUCUGCGCGCAGGAACUUGAGAAGCGCGCCAGAAAAGGGGAGUUUACUAAGCUCGGCUUUGUGCUCCAGGCUAUUGCCGCGGGGUGGCAUCAUAAGAGCGCGGCGCAAUUAAAAGAGCUGGGUGAUCGCGUGGGACGCGAACGGAUUUGUGUGAUGCAUGGGACGAGGGAUAAUAUGAUUGAUGUUACGCUGGGGAGGAAGUUGAUUGGGAUGUUGAAUCCUGGUCGCGUGGAGAUUGUGGAGGGGAGGGGACAUGUUUUUAUGCUUGAGGAGUGGAGGUGGCAUAAUAAUGUUGUGAGGGAGGGGGUGGAGAGGGGGGUGAGGUUGAAUGAGAGGGGCGUG